AUGGCUGGUCAAACGUUGACAAAUAAUAACUUGGCGCUGGGGGCGGGAAGCGGAACCACUCCACUAUCGUCCCCGGCCGUCACCAGGUCGUUAGAUCCAGAGUUCGAGGCGGAAGGGCCGCCACCGGGUUUUGAUAAUAUCACCACAAUCUCUUCCCAGGCCGUGGUUACAAACCCUUUCCUCUAUAUGCCCUCACAAACACCACCUGGGAGGACGGAGGGGACAGGCGGUAGCGCCUUUGCCCCAGGGACUGCUGUUUUUUCACAGACUUCACGCCUUUACUCUACUCCCGUCAUCACCUCGGCGAGUCCCAGUAUCUUAGUAUCUGAAACCAAUACUCCCCAAUACUACCAACCGUUGGUUUCUAAUCCAAUGCCACCGUUGUAUUCAGCCGCGCUUACGGCGGCGUUAUCUACCCCACCUCAUCAGUCGGUCAUCAUGCCAACCGGGGUAAUGAAUGCCCCUGUUACACCAGGAAAUCAAAUGUAUUUCCCGGGGUAUUUACCCUCAUACGGGGGAACAGCUUAUCCGCUUCAGGGAACAGCGCAAGGAAGCUCUCAAUCGCCAUACGCGGCCUACAUGCCGCCGUGGUGGAACUUUCCGACGCCACAACCAAUGUAUACCCAAGCGCCAACUGAACCUGUGCACAACAGAGAAAAUGCGGUCAGACCCCGGAUAACUCCUUUGGAAAACUCCGGUCUGGGAACAGGUCCCGCCCCGGGUGUGAACAUCCCACCUACACAGACGGUGAAUGUAGAAGAGGACGAAUUAACCAAGCCGUGCAAGCCAGUAGAUGCAACAUUCCGAUCCAAAUUCACGCGUAGGAUCGCUGAAGCCCCUAUCAAAGAAAAACCGAAGAUGCCCCAAACAGUCGGCAAGUACGAUGGCCUCACUGACCCGGACGAUCAUCUUAAUUUAUUUAAGAGCGCGGGUGAAGUGGCCUGCUGGCCCAUGCCCCUAUAG